AUGGCCUGCUGCGCUACCAGCUUCUGUGGCUUUCCCACAUGCUCCACUGGUGGCACCUGUGGCUCCAGCUGCUGCCAGCCCAGCUGCUGCCAGCCCAGCUGUUGCCAGCCCAGCUGCUCCCAGUCCAGCUGUUGCCAGCCCAGCUGCUGCCAGCCCAGCUGCUGUGGAACUGGCAGUGGCCAGGAGGGUGGCAGUGGAGGCGUGAGCUGCCGCGUUAGAUGGUGCCGCCCAUGUUGCCGCCCCUCCUACUGUGGACAGUCCUGCUGCCGUCCAGCCUGCUGCUGCUACUGCUGCCCGCCCAGCUGCUCUGAGCCCAGCUGCUUCUUUGGCCACUAA